AUGGGAUCAUUCGGAUUACUUUGCAAACUGAUGAGUUACUUGCUCAUUUGUGUUGCUUUAAUUACACUGAUAGUAGAUAUCCCAAAAAACUGCGCCGAAAAUUCUUCGUAUUCUAUAUCCGUUAGAAAAUAUGUCUGCAUCGAUGCACCAUACAAGGAAACGAUACUUCAAUCCUGUAAAAGUAUCCCGAAGAGAAACGCACCUACCAUGGUUUAUGUGUCUUUAGAUGUUCCAAAAUUGUACGAUAAGGUAGUAUUGAAAGUGAUAAUGUUCUACAAAUUCAGCACUUAUCAACCAUUCCUGAUUUCUAUCGAGGGAAACGCUUGUGAAUACGUUCUGCAUCCGCCACAAUUUGGCGUAGAAAAGCACGUGUACAAUGUUAUUGAAGAAACACUUCCAGAGCUGUUAACUCCGUGUCCUGCGGGUAAUCAUACCUACAACAUUACUUGGUACUUUAAUAAACGACACGCGUUGAAGAACGUUCCAGCAGGGGAAUACAAACUGCGAUUCAAACUGUUAUCACAUCCAGGCAACACCUUAUUUGGAAUGGAUGUAUAUAUCUCAGUUCGUAAUACUGGAAUCAUUUCCAGUUUUAUGACCCAGUAA